AAUUCUAAAACCUAUCUCUAUAAAUACAAAUACAAACAAACCCAAUGCCCUGCAUCCAUAUACUGCUUGAUUCGGGAUCGAGUCGGUAUGGACCCAAAACACUCAUGGGGAAUUGGGUGGAGGACAGAUUUCUGAAAGAGGAUAACGUUCGCCAAGUCCAGAGCAAACACAGUAAGGGCACACUGCUCAUUGAGAAGACGCGUAGGUUUUUCGACCGCCUCUAUAAAGAAAUCACAUUCGCCUCAACUGAGUACCUGAAAUUCGGCGGUGUGGUGCAAGUGAAGCCUCUGCAUUUGAAUAUCGCUGACCAUGAUACCUCCGAGUUCAAUCCCGCACUCUCGGUUAUCAUCAACGAACGGGUCCUGAUGCAUAGUGAGGGCAUCAACGAGGAGUGCGAAUUGACAGUUGCCUCUUCGGACCGCCCCUGUGUCCGCAACUGCUUCCGCCUUAUCAGUGGCGACGAGAAAGAUCGCACCAACGAGGUACUUAAGUAUGGGCAACAUUUCCGUUUGGAGUGCAUCGAACCGAAUGACGAUCCCAUUUGGGUGUACAGCGCACCCAAAUUUACAAAUUUGCUGCAUCCCAUAAAAACCAACUUCAGUUCCACCAAGCGGGGCGAGCUGAACAAUCCUCUGGGCCUCGUGUAUCGCAGCAACUGCGGUCCUGGCCAGAAUGUGCCCAGCGCCCAUGCGAAUUGGUUCUGCAUGCAUUUCGAUCCCUUAAGGCGUUUCGAAAGCGAGGGCAAAGACGUUCCCUUCAAUUCCAAAGUACUUAUUGUGCAUGCGGUGACAAACAAGAAUCUGGCAGUGGAAAAUGUCUCCAUACACACCCUAUUUGGGGAGGAAUUUUUGGUAUCUGUGCAGAACUAUUACAACGUGUACAAGCAGGUGACCUGGAAGAACCUGUGGAUGAUCGGGGGUGGUCUGAAGCACACUUAAAAACGAACUGCACUUUUAUUAGAUAUCAUAUUAAUUAAUAACACCAACUACAAAGUUAAAACGUAAACGUGUAACAGCAAACCUUAUUUACGCAACUUCGGGUAGAAAGUGCAAUAAAAACAGAAACAUCCGAUUUUUGUACGUCAGUUCUUCAGUAGGAACGACACAAAUAAUCUGUAAAUGGCGUAAACACUUAAA